UGCAUGGCGCUGUGCUUCUGUAUUUGUGUAUAAGUAGAUUGUUUUCCCUGAAUUGUGAUGUAAACAAAUCUAAGAGAGUGACAAUUAGAGAUAUCAGAAAAAAAAUAAAAAUGGAAAAAAAAGGAGGGGCAGACCUCAGUAAAAUUGAAGAGGGCCUUUAUUUAGGGAAUUUGAUUGCUGCAACAGAACCAAAAUGUCUGGAGGAACACUUCAUUUCGCACAUCCUCACAGUGGAUUCGAAACCCCUGCCGACAAGCAUCACAUCGUUACCUGGCAUGAGCUUUCUCUAUAUCAAAGCAAAUGAUAUGCCUCAGGAAAACCUCUUGAUACAUUUUGAGGAUGCGAUUAAUUUCAUAGAGGAAGCGCAGGCAAAAGGCAGUGUUCUUGUUCAUUGUUUCUUUGGUGUGUCCAGAAGUGCUACACUAGUAACUUGUUUUUUAAUGAAAAAGCACAGAAUCACAUUUGAUGAAGCUCUAGGGAGAAUCAAGGCAAGAAGAGGAUGUGUAGGUCCUAACUCAGGAUUUUUGCAACAGCUCUAUCUUUUUCAAAAUAUGGGAUGGAAAUUGGCAGAAGAUCAUUUUCAAUUCCGAGCUUUUCUGCUGAAGUCAUAUGCAUUUGCAAUCAGUAAAGGUAGAAAGGUGGAUGAAAAUAAGUACAAGUGUUUGGUACAGCCAGAUCCAAGGACUACACCAAGUGAGAGUCCAGUUAUAUACAAAUGUAGAAUGUGCAGAUCUUCAUUAGUGAGAAAGGAUUCUAUCAUGCCACACUGUGAUGGUCAGAGUCCCUUCUGGAAUGACACCAAGUGGGCUGAACCAUGGGACGAUGCUUCACUUUGUACCCAAGGCAUAUUCACACUCCCAAUAUCCUGGAUGGCUGAUAUUACAUCUGAAUUGAAAGGGAAGCUAACAUGUGGCAAGUGCCAGGCAAAACUUGGAAGCUAUGACUGGUGUGGAGGGAAAUGUCCAUGUGGAGCAAAAAUAACACCUGCCUUUUUCUUUAUUCCGUCAAAAGUGGAUAAAUGCACCUGAUCAUAUAUCAGGAUUAAAAAAAUCAGUAUCAGUUAUAUUGUCUUAAUAUCCAGUACAUGAUGUGAUAUUUAUAUAUUAGGUAUAAUUAUCCACAGCCUUAUAGACAAUUAUAGGUAGGUAGAUUUCUUAAUCUGAUUUGAAACCCUAAAAUUUAUAAUAACAGAAAUAUGAAAAUUACUUGCACAUAUAUUAAUUGAUUAUGAGUAAGAACAUUUAGAUAACCCCAAUGAACCACCAAGAGGUUAUAACAAAACCUAAAAGGUGUUAUCUAAUGGGCUGUUACAUUAUGCACUACAGGCUCAGGCUUUUGACUAAAAAAGUUGCAAGCAAGAAAACAAGAGGAACUUUUAAAGUAUUUUGUGUAUAAAAUGUGAAGGAAAGAACUCAAGCUGCUUCCUUGAGUUGAGAUUGAAAGCCACAUAGGUAAAGCAGACAAAAUCCAGAAAAAAAGAGAUAGAAAAUAUUUGAAAUGUAUGAAGGUGCAAUCACUAAUGAAAGGUAGGCCCAAAUAGUACAACCUCCAACACAACUAUAGCAGAUUGAUUGACUGAUUUACUUGAUUAUCUUUAACAUAUAAAGCCUUAUACAGUUUCUCUUCUGGUAUCUAUUCUUCUACUAUUCUUCACAAUAUGGGGUAUGAUGAAACUUUUUCAUAUUUCUGAACACUAAUUCCUGAUUCACAUUCUAACCAAUGCCUUAUAACAGGAUUUUAUGUCAAGGUCCUCAGAAGCAAAACUCCAUUCUUGUUGUAAAAGGAUGUAUAUGACAUCUCCAUUCAUUAUUUAUCUUUGAAACAGUACAGGCCUGAAGAUAAAAUCUGGCUAGCUUUGAAAUGUCAUCUCACAUGUUGAUAAAACCUCAUUACUUUAUGCUGUUUUUUCUGUUCUUUGUAAAAGAUCUGAAUUUGAUUGUUACAAAAUGCAUGCACUCUUUAAUAAGACUUGCAUACAUUUAACAAAUGAAAUUUCUGUAUUUGAAUUAAAUUUCUGAAUAUUUUGUGAAAUCAUUGUGUAA